UUUUUCAUGCUCUGUGGUACAGAAGCCUUAUUAGUCUAGCAACAAACAAAAACAUUAUUUCAGAUGCAAGAAGUCUUUAAGUUAUGUGACUAAAAAGGACAAAGCUGGGAGUUCUGUGUAGGUUCUGCUAGAAGUUAGUAAGACAGGAUUUUCUCACUUCUCUGGCUAUAGGGAAGAAUUGGGUUUUUAACAUAUACCUGGAGGACGAUAAAAUCAAAUCCCAUUUAACCAAGAUCUCUGAGAUGUAAAAGUGAUCUUAAUCACCCUAUUUUAAGUUUGUUAAUCUGAUAAACGUUGCUGUUUUUUUUUUCUUAGCAUCGACCUUAAGAUGAGUGGCUGCCGUGUCUUUGUUGGCCACUUAAGCUCACGUGCUCGGGAACGGGAUGUGGAGAAAUUCUUCAAAGGAUAUGGACGCAUACGAGAAAUCCAUCUUAAAAAUGGAUUUGGAUUUGUGGAAUUCGAAGACCACAGGGAUGCUGAUGAUGCAAUUUAUGAACUAAAUGGUAAAGAGUUGUGUGAUGAAAGGGUUACAAUUGAGCAUGCUCGAGCCCGAAGAGGAAGGGGCAGAUUCCCACAACGGUUCAGUUAUUACCAGUCGCAGAGUGGAUCUAGCCGGUAUGGACCUCCUGUUCGUACUGAACACAGGAUCAUAGUUGAAAACCUUUCAUCCCGUAUCAGCUGGCAGAUCUUGGUUUGCCUGGGUUUGAUCUCGAUUGGCUAGCACAGAUCAUCCUCGGGUUCUUUAGCCACUUCUGGAGACUGGAGACUAUGUCCAGUGCUUUCAGGGCUUCUGGUACCUCCGUGAAGCAUAUUGCUAUGAGCCAUCACUCUGCCUUUCUCAUGUAAGAGAGUUCCUCUUGGCCAGCUAGGUAUUGGA